AUCUAUCUACCUCUAUCUUCGUUUGUGGCGCCCUGAAUAUAUCAAAAUGGGGGUAGCUUGGCCCUGCGUGGUUGUUUAUGCUGUGAGCAUCAGUUUGAUGAUGCUCAACGGAGCAAGUGCUGCACUUUCUAAAGAGACACUGGAAUUGAUAGCCAAGGCUAACGAGAAUGGCCCUUAUUUAGGCUUGGUCAUUCCUAAUUCUUUCGAGAUGGAUCCUCUCCUUCAAUCUCCAAACUUCACUUCCUCUAAUUUGACUAUAGAUUUUUCUGGAAGGAGAUUUCGGUUUGGAACGAUUACUGAAAAAAAAGUCAUAUUAGUCAUGACCGGACUUGCCAUGAUUAAUGCAGGAAUAGCCACUCAGCUCUUGCUAAGCCUAUUUGAUAUAGAAGGAGUGGUGCAUUAUGGCAUAGCUGGCAAUGCAAACCCAAGUCUCCAUCUUGCAGAUGUGGUCAUUCCUCAGUAUUGGGCCCAUACUGCUCUUUGGAAUUGGCAGAGAUAUGGAAAUGGACCAGAAGAUGAGCUACCCCUUGAAUCACAAGGAGACUACACCAGAGACAUUGGCUACUUAAAAUUUGCAAAUUAUACAGUCAAUGUGACAGAUGGAAGCUCAUACGACAACCUAUUGAACAAUAUCUGGUAUCAACCGGAGGAAGUCUUCCCCAUCAAUGGAACUCCAGAACAAAGAGAGCACGCCUUUUGGAUCCCUGUUGAUCCAUUCUACUAUAAAGUUUCCCAAAAGCUAGAGGAUGUGAUACUAGAAGGUUGCCUAAACUCAACGACGUGUUUGUCACAUACACCAAGAGUGACAAGAGUCCAAAGGGGAACAAGUGCAAGCAUUUACCUAGACAAUGCUGCAUAUCGCGACUUCAUAUAUCAUGAGUUCAACAUAACUCCGGUGGAUAUGGAAAGUGCUUCUGUUGCUUUAAUAUGUCUUCAGCAAAAGGUGCCUUUCAUUGUCAUCAGAGCACUCUCUGACUUGGCUGGUGGUGGGUCUGCAGAUUCAAAUGAGGCUGACACUUUCGUCACUCUUGCUUCCAAUAAUUCAGUCACAGUUCUUUUGGAAUUUGUCAAACACUUAUCUGCUGCUACUAUCUCAUGACUGAGCAGCAUCGAUGUUUAAUGAUGUUUAAAGUUGUGGUGAUGAAAAAUGAUGUAGUGAUGCAUGCCCCAGCUUGCUAGUUUGCCUCUCUAAUUAUUGAAAUUUUGAUUUAUUCGGAAA